AUGCUGCGGGGGUGGCCACUAAUGAUCACGCGAACACCAGGGAGUCUGGGUGCGACGAUGGAGGCGCUGAGGGGGAGCUUGGCGGCGACGGCGAUGACGGAGGAGCAGUGGACGGUGGCGGUGACGAAGGCGCCGAGCGUACUGACCCGAAGCCCUGACAACGUGAGACAGCAGGUGGAGGGGCUGCGGGAGGUGCUGCGCGCUGGCGAGGGGGCGGAGGGGGACGUGGCCGUCGCGAAAGCGAUACGCAGAAAGCCGCAUGUGCUGGCCUUCUCGACCGAGGCGGUGCGGGCGAAGCGGCGUGCCUUGGAGGACAUUGUGGGCGGGCUGCUGGGGGAGGUGCGUGGGGCUGCGGGGGUGUCGGGAGGGCGCGGGGAGACGGCGGGGGCGCGGGAGGGCGCGGGGCGGAAGCAGCGCAGCGGGGGCCGGGCGCACUGGGCGAAGGCGGGUGCGAGUGUGGAGGGUGUGGCAACGAAGAUGAUCGGGACCGCGCCAGGGCUGCUCGAGGCUGGCGAGGAGAGGGUGGUGGGGCGCGUCGGCGAGCUGAUGGAUCUGAUGGCGGGGAGGGUGGGGCGGGCGUGCGUGGCGGGCGCCAUCAUGUCGUACCCUACCUUGAUAGCGGGAUACGACAUAGAAACUGUGGGGCUGAAGUGGAGGGUGCUGGUGCGCGCGUGCGAGCGCAACGAGAGAUGGGGGGGCUGGCUGGACAGCGGACAGGCGGGGAGCCUCGGGACGAUAUUGAAGAUGGGUCUGGAGAGCGUUGCGGUGCUGCUGGUGAUUGUGGACCUGGCGGAGGAGUGGGAGGCGGGGGCGGUGCCGGAGGUGAGCGAGGAGGAGGCGGCGGUACGGGAGGCGGCGGCGCGGCUGAUGCGGAGGGCACCUGGGGACCUGGUGAACAAAUCAAAGCUAGGGGCACCAGAAGAGGAGGGGCAGAAGAAGAAGAGGCCGCAGAAGGGGAGCGGGAGGAAGAGCGUGCUGGAUGUGGAGGGCGUGGACGUGGAGGCGUUCUGGCGGGUGGUGGAGCCGCGGGCGGAGGAGUACGCAGAGGCAGCGCAGUGA